CGGAAACGAGCCUAAAAGGCCACCACGGGUGGUUUUGCAGUCGACUUACCGUUGAGCGCUGCGGAUUUGCCUUCAGUUUCCGCCAUGACGUCCGUGAAGGCGAGUCUGUUACACACGUCAAAGGAGGGCAAAGUCAUCCAGUACUGGAGGCAGUGCGCCGCGUGGCUCAUCGGCUGCAAGGUGCUGCCGGUCAACCAUCGCGUCACGGCGGACACGGCGCAAGUGUUCGACCUGGCGCAGACGCUCCGCGACGGCGUGCUGCUUUGCCAGCUGCUCAACAACCUCAGGCCGCGCAGUAUCGACCUGAAACACAUCAACCUCAGGCCGCAGAUGUCCCAGUUCAUGUGCUUGAAGAACAUACGCACCUUCCUGACGUGCUGCUGCGACGUGUUUGGCAUAAAGAAAAGCGACCUGUUCGACGCCUUUGACCUGUUUGACGUGCGCGACUUCGGAAAGGUGAUGGACACUCUAUCCAAGCUCUCGUAUACAGCAAUAGCACAGCAAGGAGGAUUCAAGCCUUUCCCCACAGAGGAGAGUCUAAAGGACGAGGAUAUUUACAAUCACCUGGAAGACCUGAUUGAUGAAAAUGCUUUGGAGAAUGAGGAGGAUUUGUAUGCAGCGGUGUACAGCCUGGAAGAAGACUAUGUAGGCGGAGAGAUUUAUGAAGACCUCAUGAGGACCGAGCAGCAGAAGCAGGUCGAGAUGUCAGAUGUUCGCAGCUGCUGCCUCUCCGAGAUCAAGCAGACGGAGGAGAAGUACACGGAGACGCUGGAAUCCAUCGAGAAGUAUUUCCUCAACCCGCUCAAGAAGUUUUUCUCCGUGGCCGAAAUCGACCAAGUGUUUGUCAACAUCCCAGACUUGGUGAGGGUUCACAAGAGCCUAAUGGCGGACAUUCAGGAUUCCAUCCUCAACAAGAACGCUUUAAAUCUCUACCAGAUCUUCAUCAACUACAAAGAGAGACUUCUCAUCUACGGUGUCUACUGCAGCCGCGUGGAGAUUGCCAUUGCCGUGCUGGACCUCAUCUGCAAGGAGAAGGAAGACGUCCGGCUCAAGCUGGAGGACUGUUCCAAGAGGGCCAACAACGGCAAGUUUACCCUGCGGGACCUGCUGGUGGUCCCCAUGCAGAGGGUCCUCAAGUACCACCUUCUGCUCCAGGAGCUGCUGAAGCACACUCACGACACCGCGGACAACAGCAACCUGAAGGUGGCGCUGGAAGCCAUGAAAGACCUGGCUCAGUUUGUCAAUGAGGUGAAGAGAGACAACGAGACUCUACGCGAGAUGGACCAGUACCAGCGCUCCAUCGAGAACCUGAAUCAGCCUCUAAUGCGCUACGGUCGCCCGCGAGGGGACGGAGAGGUUCGCAUGGUGUCCAACUUUGACCGCAGGAAACUGGACAGACACCUGUUCCUGUUCGACGUGGCCGCCGUGGUGUGCAAGCGACGCGGCGACAAUUACGAGAUGAAGAACGUGCUCGACCUCAACGUCUUCAAGAUCACCGACAACCCCGUGUCGGACAAAGAGGGCAAGAAGUGGUGUUACGGCUUCUACGUGACACACCAGCAAGGUCACAUGGGCUUUGAGCUCUUCUUCAAGACCAAAGAGCUGAAGAAGAAAUGGCUGGAUCAGUUUGAAAUGGCUGUAUCUAACAUCCGACCGGAGUUGGCCAAGCACAACGGUCACCAGUUCAAGAUGCACACCUUUGACAGAAUCUCCUCGUGCAGCUUCUGUCACCUGCUGCUCAGGGGCGUCUUCAACCAGGGCUACAUCUGUUUCAAAUGUGCGCUGGCUGUCCACAAGGAGUGCCUGGGUCAGCUGGGACUCUGCAGGAGCAUGGAGUCAUCCAAGCAUCGCUCCAAGGUCACGCUGAUCCCAUCUUCCAUGUCUCCUCAGGAAGGCGCAACACCUUCAGACCCAGGUCUUCCCAGGAUGCUGGUGAUCCGAGACUACGACGGCGCCCCCUCCCCGCCGUGCGGACUCCCGCUGUGUGCCCGCGUGGGCGACGUGAUCGAGCUGAUGUUCGCCAACCUGCACAGCUCCUGGUGGCAGGGCAGAAUCCCGGCGAGCGGCAAGAUUGGCUUCUUUCCCAGUGACGCCGUGAGGCCUUACCCCUGCCUACCCAAGCCUGUCGAUUACUCCGCACAACUUUGGUUCGCAGGACCCAUGGAGAGGUGCCAGGCUGAGGAGGAGCUCCAAGACCGCGGGAACAGCACCUAUCUGGUUCGGCAUCGGAGGAAAGAGUGCACAGAGUACGCCAUUAGUAUAAAGUUCAGCGACAGAGUCAAGCACAUUAAGAUUCUGACCAAGGACGGCUGCUUUUACAUCGCCGAGAGCCGACUCUUCAAAACGCUGCUGGACCUGGUGGAGUAUUACAAGCAGCACUCUUUAAAAGAAGGCUUCAGCAGCCUCGACACCAAUCUGCGCGUCCCUUACCGGGAAUGCUCCGACGGGAACUCGCCUUGGGCUAUUAGCAAGACUGGCAGCGUCGCUCCUGGUGGUUGCAGCUUUGUUCCUCCCUCCUCCUCUCCUUUCUGGUCAGUGUUUUCUCCAAAGGCGGUGGCCGUGGCCGUUGCUCGCUACGACUUCAGCGCCAGAGAUUCUUGGGAGCUGUCUCUACUGCAAGGAGACAUGGUCAACAUCUACACCAAGACGUCCAACGGCUGGUGGAAGGGGGAGGUGGCGGGCAAGGUGGGUUGGUUUCCUUACACCUACGUAGAAGAGGUGGACUGACUCAGCCGGGUGACGGAUGUCCCGUCCAUGUGACCCUGACGCUGUGUCACCCCCCCGGCACGCCACAUCUCUUUGAUGGCGCUGGGAAAAAUUCAACAGGAAGGGUCCGCACCCUCUCAAACCUUCACCUGCCUAACACCCGCUGACAGGACUCUUAUGCAAAGCACAUGUCAAGUCACAGAUUCGCAUCUAGACCCCUCCCUUCGCUCACAUACCCCCACACUUCUUCAGUCCCCUUCCUUCCCCGACUCACCUUGUCUUAUUAUUGAUGACUCGGUUGGCUGGUGUGAAAGUUGCCCUGGCUGUCGUCAUGUUGCGUUAGCGGGGAAGGCUCAGUCAGCCGGCUGGAAGGCAGGCACGUCCGGCUACCACGCGCCACCAGGCUGAAGCUGGAACUCACUUGUGUUCACAAGUCAUGUAAAUAAACGAUUAUUUAAUUGA